AUGCUUGGCCUUGUGCAGAGCAUCGUGGAGGGACUCACACCUGGGGAGCUAUCUUUUAUAGAGACGCUCAAAGAGGAUCUCGACCAGUUCAACGACUUUUUCAUAGAGAAGGAGGAGGAGUGCAUCAUCAGGACUCAGGCACUGGAGGAGCAGUUAGCGAAGGCUGACAAGGACGAUGUUGGCUUCCUGGGCAGGCUGCGCAGCGCCUUUGUGGAUUUGCAUGGCGAGAUGGUGCUGCUUUUGCAUUGGAGCAUGCUGAACUACGCGGGGGUCGUCAAAAUACUGAAGAAGCAUGACAAACAGUCCGGUGUGAUUCUCCGGGCGCCCUUCUUGGCAAAUGUGCUGCAGCAGCCAUUCUACUCCACUGAUCGCAUCACUCAGCUGGUGAAGGAUGUUGAGCAGCACCUUGAAACGCUUCUCAUUGACGAGCACGGAGCCUCUCUGAACGAUGCGGAAAGGAAUGCUGACGGCGCGGACGCGAGCCCAUCUGGCAAGGACAGGUCUUUGGGAGAGAUCAGGCUGGUCAAGCGCACCCAGGCGGCGCUGGACAUGUGGAGGGAGAUGGGCGACAAGGCUUCUACGCCGUCAACCGUUGUCAGGACAACAAAGGCGGCGAAAAAGGGAGCAGAUGACAGGCCCAGUGCUCUCUCAGAAGCCUCCGAGGAAAGCCUCGCUAAGGCCGCUGCAGCCCCAGCCGCGGCAGCCACUGUCGCCGCCAAAUGA